AUGGACACUAUCACCAGACUGCGGAAUGAAAUUGAAGUAACGGAGAAGGAACUCGAGCGCUUAAAAGCCGAGCUCAAGAGGGCUGAAGCUCAAGCCGCAAAAGAGACCUCCUGUGUUCAGAAUGGCCACCCCGAAGACGACGUACCUUGGAAAUGGCCAUUGACAGCAGGAGAAUACGAGCGCUAUUCGCGCCAGCUCAUCAUACCCCAAGUCGGAGUCCCAGGUCAACUCCGUCUGAAGAACGCUUCGGUCCUCGUCGUCGGCGCCGGUGGUCUCGGAUGCCCCGCGGCAACCUACCUAGCCGGUGCGGGUGUAGCAGGCUCCAUCAUCUCCCAAUAUGACCUCGUUCUCGACUGCACCGACCACCCCACCUCCCGCUAUCUCAUCUCCGACGCCUGCGUCCUCCACGGCAAACCCCUCGUCUUCGCCUCCGCGCUCCAGACGAACGGCCAAUUAAUGGUCAUGAACUGUCCCCCGCGGCCCCAGGGAGAUCGAGAAGGCGGGCCGUGCUACAGGUGUGUUUUCCCGAGGCCGUCGCCUCCGGAGGCCGUGAUUAGUUGUGGGGAGGGAGGAAUUCUGGGUCCGGUUGUGGGUGUGAUGGGGAUUUUGCAGGCUCUUGAAGCUAUCAAGAUCAUAGCUAGUGGAAAGCACGAAUCUGCAGCAAGUAUAGACGGUGCGGAAGUGAAUGGGAAGCAGCCUGCGCAGCAUCACAUGCUCCUCUUCUCGGGCCACGUUGCGACGCCUUUCCGCUCCGUGCGGAUGGCGGGGAGGAGAAAGACAUGUUUCGCCUGCGGUGCCGACUCUCCCCUCACGCCAGAGUCUCUACGGGAGGGGAGCGUGGAUUACAUGCACUUUUGUGGCAUCCGGCCGGCAGUGGACCACCUACGGCCCGAGGAGCGCGUUUCCCCGAAGGAGUACCUCGAGCGGAUCAGAGACCUCGGGGACGGCACCCCCGGCGGCCACUUCCUUUUGGACGUGAGAGAGUCGGAGCAUUUCCAAGUUGCAAGCCUAGAAGGCGCCGUCAACGUACCCUACAGGAAGUUCGGCGGCAAGCUCGAUGCCGAUGCACGACCGGAGUGGUUGCCAGCGGAGCUGCCUCCCUCGGCUCCCAUUUUUGUGGUGUGCAGGCAGGGUGAGGACUCGCAGAUCGUGACGCGGAAGCUGAAGGAAAUGGGACUCGAUCGCGCGGGGGAGAGAUUCAUUGGAGAUAUCAAGGGGGGCAUGAGAGCGUGGAAGGCAGAUAUUGACCCGACGAUGCCAUUUACGUAA